GGAUCUCUGUUUCAGACUUUUAGUCUCUCAGUCUCCCUGUUUUAGGCUUUGAGUCUCUCAGGGUCCCUGUUUCAGACUUUUAGUCUCCCAGUCUCCCUGUUUUAGGCUUUUAGUCUCUCAGGGUCCUUUUUUCAGGGUCUCUAUUUCAGGCUUUUAGUCUCUCAGGGUCUUUGUUUCAGGGUCUCUAUUUCAGGCUUUUAGUCUCUCAGGGUCUCUGUUUCAGGCUGUCUGUCUGUUUCAGGGUUUCUGAUCUGUUUCAGGGUCUCUGGUCUGUUUCAGCGCCUCUGGUCUGUUUCAGUGUCCCUGGUCUGUUUCAGCGUCUUUGGUCUGUUUCAGGGUCUCUGUUCUGUUGCAGGCUUCCAGGCGCUCUGCAGCUGCCUGAAUUGCGUCCCUGGCUUGACUUUCUCCAUCUGCUCCUGCCUCGGGGGUCUCUUUCUUGCUCCGCGUCUCUGAAGCUGCCUGGCGGCGUUCUCCAUCUUGCUUUGUUUGUCUCGGCCUCUCUGUUUCUCUCAAUGUGUUUGCCUGCUGCAUCACUCCCAGACCUUUGGAUCUGAAGAUGCCUCUGCAUCUGGAUCUCUUUCUGUUUGUCUGUGUGUCUGCGUCCCUACAUGCCGGCCUCUCCUGGGGCGGGGCCAGCCGUUCAGGAGAAAGGCGCCUGCGCGGGCACCGCCCGUAGCAAAAAUGGCGGCCACAGCUCGCAACCUCCUCCGUUAUGGCGCUGCUUCUCGCGAGAGUCGCAAACGCAAAGCCUCCGGCCGGUCAGACCGCCGGAACCCCGCCCCCUUCGCGAUCUUAUUGGUUCAUCCAAGUCAGGCCUAUAUUUCAAUUGGCUUAGAUUCCUCACACCUCCCUCCCACCCCUUACCCUCCCCACAGUCCUGGAGACCGAAGCGGGAAGGCCGAGCCGGGAGAGGGCGGGACUUCCGGGUGUGAGGAGGAGGCGGGGUCAGAGAUACUGACACUGAGCAGAGAUUGAGGGGGAGACGGAGGUUGAGAGACACGGAGACCACGAGAGACUCAGAGACUGAGAGUGAUGCUCAGACUAAAGAGACUGUUAUAGAGACGCAGAGAUUGGGAGACACAGAGAGACAGAGAUUGAUGAGACUUGGAGAGACAAUAACUUGAGACAAGAGACUCGGAGAGACAAUAGCCUGGGGGAGGCAGACUUUGAUAGACAACUUAGAGACCCCGGGGGGGCAGCCUUGGAGAGACAAUAACUUAGAGACCCGGGGAGACAGAGACCGGGGAGACAGCUCGAGCCCCGGGGGAGACAGAGACUUGGGGAGACAAUAACUUGGAGACCGGGACACAGGGACCACUCAGCUGGGGCUGUGUCAGGGAGAGGAAGAUGAGACCCUGAGGGCGUCCGGGACCACUAUGACGGGGGAGGAGCCGGGACGGAGCUAGAGAGAGCCUUCGGCAGCCUGGAAAGGGGCCGGCCCUUGGGGAGCCCGCAGGGAUGGGGGCCUGACGCUGGAGCUGCCGGAUCCAGGAGGAUCCUGGCCUCUGGGAAGAGCCGAGCUGACCUCGCCCUGAUCCCCAGGCAGCCCAGGCCAGGUGGGGCUGGGUGGGGCCAUGGCAGGCACCCCACUCCUGCAUGGGGAGUUUGGCUCCUAUCCGGCCCGAGGCCCCCGCUUUGCACUGACACUCACCCCGGUGGCCUUGCAUGUGCAGCGGCUGCGCCCUAGACCGGAGGCCUGGCCCCAGGGGGGCCUGGUCCCUCUGGCUGAGGUCUCCGGUUGCCGGACCUUGUGCAGCUGCUCCCCUAACGACUCUGCUGCUUACCUGUGUGUCUACACUUAUCCCCGGGGCCGGCGGGGGGGCCGCCGGCGGGCAGCUCGGACCUUCCGGGCUGACCGGGCCCCCGACUACAAGGAGAAUCACGCAGAAGCCCAGCGCUGGGCCACUGCUCUCACCUGCCUACUUCGAGGGGUGCCCUUGCCUGGGGACCUUGGUGAGCUGCAGGGCCAGGGUGGGCACCGGCCACCCCAGUGGGGGGGGGAGGGAGUCCAGAAGGAAAUCACACGAUUUCCCGCCCCCGCUGCUCCUAUUGGUCAAUCCCCGGGGGCGGGGGCCGGCAGAAAUGGGAAGAACCAGGCUUAUGAUUUCCAAGGGGCUUCCUUCAACCCAUCCAAACGGUGGUCGGGGCUGGUGGUGGUGGGGGACCCCAGGUUGGGGGCCCGGCGGCCCCAGCCGGGGGCCCGGCGCCCCAGCCCUGGGGCCGGCAGCCCGCCCCAGCCCUUGAGGGGCCCGCCCCCGCGGGGGCCGGCGGCCCCCAGCCCCGGGGCCGGGCGCCCCCCCCCAGCUUUGGGGGCCAGGCAGCCCCCCCCGCGGGGGCCGGGCGCCCCCCCCACCUCUUGGGGCACCCCCGCAGCCUCCUUCUGCCCACAGGUGGUGAACGGGCUCCUGGACCGGCCAGACUGGGAGGAAGCCGUGAAGAUCCCGGUGGGAGUCCUGCCCUGCGGCUCCGGCAACGCUCUGGCUGGAGCCAUCAAUCAGCAUGGGGGGUUCGAGCCCGCCAUCGGCCUAGAUCUGCUGCUCCCCUGCUCUGCCCUUGGGGGGCCCCCGCUGGACCUCUUGACCCGGCCUGGGGGCCCUGCUUCUCCCCUCCCUUCCGUGGCCUGGGGCCGGUCGGCUGGACAUUCAAAGGGCGCCCGGGUUCUGGGCCCGGCCCGGUUCACCCUGGGCACGGUGCUUCGGCUGGCUUCCCUCCACGUCUACCCCGGCCGCCUCUCCUACCUCCCGGCCUCCCCCCCGGCCUCCAACGGCCCCGCGGCGGCACCCCAGCCUCUUCCCCGCGCUGCCUCCGAGCUGGCCCUGGCCCCGGCCCCGGCGUCGGCCCCUCCGCCAGAAACACACUCUCCCUUGCACCGCUCUGUGUCAGACCUGCCCCUGGCCCGAGGGCCCGACGUCCCCCGUGGGCCCCAGGAGGAGCCCUCGCCCUCCCCGCCCCCUUCCCCAGGGCCCUGCCUCCUGUCCCCUGACCCGCCCCUGCCCCCUGGGCCUCCCUCCCUGGGCCCCAGCCCCCCUGACUCUCCCGCCUCUCAGCCGGGGGCCUCCUGUGGGCUCCCUCCCUCCGAAGGGCCGGGGGAACCCCUGGCCCCCACGAAGGCUCCCGCGUCCCCCGACGCACAGACUUCCCCGGUUCCCGCAGCUUCUCCCCAUUCGGAGUCCCCUGGCCCCGCGACCCUCCCCGGCCCGAAGGAUGACCUGUUGCCCCCCCUUGGCUCCCCGCUGCCCCCAGGCUGGGUGACCCUGGAGGGCGACUUUGUGUUGAUCCUGGCGCAGUCCCCGAGCCACCUGUGUGCUGACCUGGUGGCGGUCCCCAAUGCCCGGUUUGGGGAUGGGCUGGUGCACUUGUGCUGGGUUCGAGGAGGGGUUUCCAGGGCCUCCCUGCUCCGGCUCUUUCUGGCCAUGGAGAAGGGCGGCCACUUUGGCCUGGGCUGUCCCCAGCUCGGCUACGCCACCGCUCGAGCCUUCCGCCUGGAGCCGCUCACGCGCCACGGCAUCCUCACGGUGGACGGGGAGCAGGUGGAGUACGGGCCGCUCCAGGCCCAGAUUCACCCCGGCCUGGGGACCCUGCUCACAGGUCCAGAGGCCCCGGGAUCCCAGCCGGCCGGGGGGGCACCCUGGGGAGGGGGCAAAGCCUAGCCUGAGCCCGGCUGGCAGCAAGUCUAACCGGGCCCGGGCCUGCUUGUUGGGGGGAGGCCGGGCAGCCUGAGCCAGCAGGUCCAUGGCUUCCCUGUCCAGGCCCAGGCCCCAGGGGGAGGGGUGGCUUCUCCUGGAGGGCAGAGUGCGGCCCCUGGCCCGAUCCUCUCUCACCUCAGGGGAGGAGGCUGGUCACCCAGAGCCAGCCUCCACACAGGGACCAGGCUGGAGAUAGGGUCUCCGGGACCUCCUGAGGGCAGAGCCUCCCCCUCCUCAGCCCCAUGAUGGGACCCAGAAUGUGGGGGACAUCGACGGCAGACUGCCUUCCUUGGGACCCCAGACAGGGGCUGCCCCUUCUGCCUCCUUUGCUCCUGGCGAGCAUCCCCCCCGUUCUUUUGCACUAGGACCUCCUCCCUGAGGAGCGGGGCAGAUGCCUGCCCCAUUUCCCUCCUCUACCCCAGUGGUCUUCAAGGCUACAGCCUCUAUGCAAUAAACAGUAACUACGCUUGCUUCAGCCCUUUGGCCCUUCCUACAUCGGGGGGAGGGGGGACUCACUUUACAGACGGGGGGAGCUGGGGAAAGGGCCUGCCCGG